UUGGCGGCAAUUUGUUUAAAGAAUUCCCCCAAUCCCACGACAAUCUUCUCGCCAUUUCUUCGGCGACGGAGCGGCAAUGGUUUCUCGGAGAAAGAGCCGCGGAGGAGGAGGCGCCGUUGCCGGAAAUGGGACCGUCGAUGAAGGAUCCGCGGCUGAGGUUACUGCUCCAGGUUACGAGCAGCUUAGGGAUCAAAGGGUUAAGGAAAAUCUGAAGAGGAUGCAGAAACUUGGCAUUGUUGAACUUUCUCUCAAGCUUAAGUCCACCGCCGCCGCUUCGAAGCGGUUACGCAAAAAUUCCUCUGAGAAGGAACCGCCGAACGGAUCCCCCGCCGACGAGCCCCCGAGGCGCUCUUCGAGGUUGAAGACAUUGACUCCAGUAAGUUACGUGGAGCUCCGUCCGAAAACUAAGAGUGGAAGUUCUAAAAGUAAUGAGAUUCACAUAAAAGAAGGCUCGCAACCAGAAGUUUACACAGAAGAAGAUGCCAAGUUGUUGGGAGAUUGCGAGUCGAGUUGGACUGUUGGUGUGGAUGGAUAUGAUCAAGACGGGAAGCGUAUGUACGAUCCUAUCAAUGGAGAGUCAUGUCAUCAAUGCAGGCAGAAGACUCUUGGUCACCAUACGCAUUGCAGCAAAUGUAAAUCAGGCCAAGGGCAGUUUUGUGGAGAUUGCUUGUACACGCGAUAUGGAGAGAAUGUGAUGGAAGUGAGCAUGAAUCCCAAUUGGAACUGCCCAGUGUGUCGUGGUAUUUGCAACUGCAGUUUGUGUCGACAAUUAAAAGGAUGGAUGCCUACCGGUGCGAUAUAUAGAAAGGCCCGGAACUUGGGUUUCAAGUCUGUGGCACAUUAUCUCAUUCAAACUCGCGGUGCUCCGCUGAACCAGAAAGGUGUAGGUUCUGUAGAUAGUUCACAAGCUUUGGCGAACCAACCGCCGGAGCGUGACGAUUCCCUUUCCUCUGUCAGAUAAGUGAGCAUUUUUACUAGAAUGGCAUGAGAAAGAAGGAAAAGUAGCUGUAAAUGGCAAUGGUGGAAUGGAGGAGAAGAAAGAUAAGGUUUAGUUGAAUUCUAACAGUUGGGAUCAGAGAAUUGUUUUUUGAUUGACAUCCCAGUGGAUCUGAAUCUCUUUUAGGACAUGAUCUUGACGAGAACUCGAUCUUUGAUCAAGAUCAUUCGAUUUUGUGGUGGUGAUUAGAUAGAAAAGGGAUAAAGAUAUCCCCUCAGAUCUGUAUCUUUUGUGUAGAAACCUUUCCAUCUUCAAUGGUCAGUAAUCUCAUUUCUGCAGAAUACAUU